GCGGCGGCGGCGGCGGCGGCAGCGGCAGCGGCGCGGGAGGCGGUCGGGCCGGCAGGAUGCUGGAGAUCCAGCUGGACGAUGGCGGCGUGGGGGGGUACCCGGGCGACGAUUAUUGCUCGGGGUCAGUGAUGUCGGAGCGGGUCUCGGGCCUCGCCAACAGCAUUUACCGCGAGUUCGAGAGGCUGAUCCACUGCUACGACGAGGAGGUGGUGAAGGAGCUGAUGCCACUGGUGGUGACGGUGCUGGAGAACCUGGACUCGGUGCUCACCGACAACCAGGAGCACGAGGUGGAGCUGGAGCUGCUGCGGGAGGACAACGAGCAGCUCCUCACGCAGUACGAGCGGGAGAAGGCGCUGCGCAAGCAGGCCGAGGAGAAGUUUAUAGAGUUUGAAGAUGCACUGGAGCAGGAGAAGAAAGAAUUACAAAUCCAAGUGGAACACCUUGAAUUUCAGACUCGACAGCUGGAGCUGAAGACUAAAAACUAUGCAGAUCAGAUUUCACGGCUGGAGGAACGUGAAUCAGAAAUGAAGAAAGAGUAUAAUGCUCUACAUCAGCGUCACACAGAGAUGAUCCAGACCUACGUGGAACACAUUGAGCGAUCUAAGAUGCAGCAAGUUGGGGGAAAUAAUCAAACUGAGGGCAGUCUACCUGGGAGAAGUCAUCGCCAGUCAUGGAGGAAAAGCAGGAAGGAACGUCCUAACUCUCUGAAUGUCUUCCCCCUUGCGGAUGGCAUGGUACGUGGGCAGAUAGGGGCCAAGAUCGUCCCAACACUGGACCACUGGCACCUGAGUGACCUCGGCCAGCUGCAGUCCAACUCCAGCUACAAGUGCCCCCAAGAUGAAAUGUCUGAAUCUGGGCAGUCCUCAGCAGCUGCCACACCGAGCACCACUGGAACCAAGUCCAACACACCCACGUCAUCUGUGCCCUCUGCUGCCGUCACACCCUUGAAUGAGAGCAUCCAGCCCAUCAGCGAAUAUAACGGAACAUCCAAGAGCAAUAAGAGGGCACGAGAAAAGCGGAACAGCCGGAACAUGGAAGUCCAGGUCACACAGGAGAUGAGGAAUGUCAGCAUAGGAAUGGGCAGCAGCGAUGAGUGGUCCGAUGUUCAGGACAUUAUAGACUCUACUCCAGAGCUGGAUAUGUGUCAAGACCCCCGGUUGGAACGCACCGGUAACAGCCCAACACAAGGGAUUGUGAACAAAGCAUUUGGCAUCAACACAGACUCUCUGUAUCAUGAACUUUCCACAGCAGGGUCUGAGGUUAUCGGAGAUGUUGAUGAAGGAGCAGAUCUGCUAGGGGAGUUCUCAGUACGGGAUGAUUUCUUUGGAAUGGGCAAAGAAGUGGGGAAUCUACUGUUGGAGAACUCGCAGCUACUGGAGACCAAAAAUGCUUUGAACGUUGUGAAGAAUGAUUUGAUUGCCAAGGUCGACCAGCUGUCUGGAGAGCAAGAAGUGCUGAAGGGAGAGCUUGAAGCAACAAAGCAGGCCAAAGCCAAAAUGGAGACCAGAGUCAAGGAGCUGGAAGAGGAGCUGAAAAGAGUGAAAUCUGAAGCGAUUGUUGCCCGACGAGAACCCAAAGAGGAGGUGGAGGAUGUAAGCAGCUAUCUCUGUACAGAAUUGCAGUGCUCCUCCCCCCUGCAGGACAACAUUCCUAUAGCUCAGCGCCGCCGCUUCACUCGUGUGGAAAUGGCCCGGGUUCUGAUGGAGCGCAAUCAAUACAAGGAGAGGCUGAUGGAGCUCCAGGAGGCUGUCAGGUGGACGGAGAUGAUCAGAGCUUCCCGUGAGCACCCAUCCGUCCAGGAGAAGAAGAAAUCCACCAUUUGGCAGUUUUUCAGCCGUCUGUUCAGCUCUUCCUCGAGUCCCCCACCAGCAAAGAGGACCUACCCAUCUGUGAACAUCCACUACAAGUCUCCAACUACAGCAGGGUUCAGCCAGCGUCGCAGUCACACCAUGUGCCAGAUCUCCUCCGGCAGCCGCACCCUGGAGUUCUUCCCUGAAGAUGACUGUACAUCCUCAGCACGUCGGGAGCAGAAACGGGAGCAGUACCGCCAGGUCCGGGAGCAUGUGCGGAAUGAUGACGGGCGGUUGCAGGCCUGUGGCUGGAGCCUCCCUGCCAAGUACAAGCAGCUGAGUCCCAAUGGUGGUCAGGAAGACACUCGCAUGAAAAACGUUCCCGUGCCUGUAUACUGUCGCCCACUAGUAGAGAAGGACCCAACCAUGAAGCUGUGGUGUGCAGCUGGAGUCAAUCUCAUGGGAUGGAGACCUUUGGAUCAGGAGCCUGGGAAUGGGCAGAAAUUGGAUCCUGGACGUGAUCCCCUCACCUGUGACAGGGAAGUGGAAGGCGAGAACAACAAAAGUAAUCAUACAUCUCCUGAAAAGAAGAAGGCAAAGGAAGUCCAUGAAAUGGAUGCCACAUCCAGUCGUGUCUGGAUCCUCACUAGCACGCUGUCAACAAGUAAAGUUGUAAUUAUUGAUGCCAAUCAGCCUGGCACAGUGGUGGACCAGUUCACUGUCUGCAAUGCUCAUGUGCUCUGCAUCUCCAGCAUCCCUGCGGCCAGUGAGAGUGAUUAUCCUCCAGGCGAGAUCUUUCUGGAGGGAGAUGUAAAUCCUGAAGAGUCAUCUGGAACAGAUGGUGUCUUGGCAGGAAUCACUCUGGUGGGCUGUGCAACCCGCUGCAAUGUGCCACGAAGCAACUGUUCCUCGCGUGGUGACACACCUGUGCUGGACAAGGGACAGAGUGAAGUGGCUGCUGUCUGCAAUGGGAAGGUCAACCAGUCCCAGUCUACUGAGGAAGCAACAGAAGCUAUGGAGGUACCAGAGAACGGUCCAGGUGAGGCAGAGCCUGCUGAGGCCCGGCCUGGGCCCCUCACGGAGCACGUGUUUACAGAUCCAGUCCCUGCACAGGCACCUCUUAGGCAGAAUGGGGACAAUGAGCAGCUGAAGACAGAGUCAACCACAACACUGCCAGAUCAGGAGUUGAAUGGGGAUGCUGCUGGGACCUGCACCAGUGCUGCCCCCACCAUGUGGCUGGGAGCACAGAAUGGCUGGCUUUAUGUGCACUCGGCUGUAUCCAACUGGAAGAAGUGUCUGCACUCGAUAAAGCUGAAGGACUCUGUACUGAGUCUAGUGCACGUGAAAGGGAGGGUUCUUGUUGCUCUGGCAGAUGGAACACUAGCCAUAUUCCACCGGGGAGAAGAUGGUCAGUGGGAUCUCAGCAAUUACCACCUAAUGGACCUUGGUCACACUCACCAUUCCAUCCGCUGCAUGGCUGUUGUAUAUGAUAGAGUCUGGUGUGGCUACAAGAACAAAAUCCAUGUUAUUCAACCUAAGACAAUGCAGAUUGAGAAAUCCUUUGAUGCUCACCCUCGGCGGGAGAGUCAGGUGCGACAGCUGGCAUGGAUUGGAGAUGGAGUAUGGGUUUCUAUCCGUCUGGACUCCACUCUGAGGCUUUACCAUGCCCACAGCCAUCAACAUCUGCAAGAUGUCGACAUUGAGCCUUACGUCAGCAAGAUGCUAGGCACUGGAAAGCUGGGCUUCUCAUUUGUGCGGAUUACAGCCCUGCUCAUUGCUGGCAACCGCCUCUGGGUAGGGACAGGGAAUGGUGUUGUCAUCUCCAUUCCACUGACCGAGACUGUAGUCCUCCACCGAGGCCAACUCCUUGGGCUCCGGGCCAACAAGACCUCACCAACCUCUGGAGAGGGCAGCCGCUCUGGUGGGGUCAUCCACGUGUACGGUGAUGACAACAGUGACAAAUCUGCCAGCAGUUUCAUUCCCUACUGCUCCAUGGCUCAGGCACAGCUCUGUUUCCACGGUCACCGUGAUGCUGUCAAGUUCUUCGUCUCUGUGCCUGGCAAUGUCCUAGCAACCCUGAACGGGAGCGUGUUGGACAGCCCUUCGGAGAACCCCAGCACAGCAGCCACAGAGACUGAGGGGCAGAAGCUGAAGAACGUCCUGGUGCUGAGUGGAGGAGAAGGGUACAUCGAUUUCCGGAUUGGGGAUGGAGAAGAUGAUGAGACAGAGGAGAAUGCAGGAGAUGCCACCCAGGUGAAGCCAGUACUUUCCAAGGCUGAAAGGAGCCACAUUAUUGUGUGGCAGGUAUCAUACAUCCCUGAGUGAAAAUUUCUCAAUUCCUACCAAUCUAAGUGUCCCUCCUCCCGCCUGAAUGCCAAGAUGUACAUACAGAAUGCCUGCAUUAUACCUACUGCUGGAAACCGACCCCAGACAACUGCAAUGGCUCCUGCCUUGGACUGUAACCCCCUUCUAACCUCUGAACUUGCCGCUUUCAUCUUGGGCCUGUGCGCUUUCUGCGUGGUUGGAUUAUUGUUCUGCUCUGGAGCUGGCAUCUACAAGGAGAGUAAUGACAGUGCAUCGAUGAAGUGAAGCUUGGAGCUAGAACUGUGCAAAGCCUUUGCCCAGCGCUUGGGAGCUGGUAGCUGUAUGGGUGGUGGCUCAGGUUCUCCAGCAGGUUGCCUCACUCCCACCUGCAUGAGAAAGAAGUACAUCCCCCUGGCGACCCCGCCAAAGCAGUGAUGGUGAAUCACAACUUCUACAGCACCAUAGCAGAAGUCCUUUCUAGUUCACCAGUGGACUCUCUACCUUAUCCACCCUUAAGCACAGAAUAAUGUCCCGUGGACUGGGAGCAGCCAGGUCCAAGGAACCCUCAAUAGAAAGGAGUGUCAGGGUUUGGGCAGCACUUCUGCUGUUUGGCUGGAGAAGGCAGCAGUGCCAUUACUGUGGGGAACACAUCCUCCAUACUUGCAGAUGGAAAGUCUACCUCCUCUGCUGCUGCCGUUGUCUCAGCAGUUGUGUCCUGGGUGACUGUGUGUGUCUGGAGAGGAUUGUUUGGUGGCCUCAGAUGGGAGACGGGUGUUUGAUCAUGAAGGCCACAGGGCCUUUGGAAACUGGUAGCCAAGGGGUACUGGAACCUUGCUCUUUUUAAGAGCAGAAAAGACAGCAAUACUUUUAACACCCCCUUCCAGAAAUGCUAGGCAGAAAAGAAUUCUUGAGUUCAUUCUGAAAGGUUCAGGAGAAAGCUAUCUCUGCACAGCGUUUGUUGGCUUUUAAAACAGCAGGUGAGGGCAGAUGAUGUUGGUCUGCCCCAUCCCAGGAGCUGCUGGAAGGAGAUAUCUGUUUUCCUUCACACUGUGGCUGUCACUUAGGAAAGACUGUGUAGGUGCAGUCAAGGUAUAGAAAGGCUGUGUCUUGCCUGAGGUCGUGCAGAAAAAGGACUUAAGGCCCGGUCUCCCAACCUCUUUUACCUAACAUAGCGAGCAGUGACUUUGCUACUAAGUAGUUUACAAAGCUGGAAAUUUCUGACUCCUGGAAAGAAUUGACAACCCCCGAGAAAAAUCCUGACAGCUCUCCUUGUGUAAGCAGCGCUAGGGGAUUGCAAGUGUGCCUCCUGCUUACAAGCAGCAAAAAAUGGGGCCAGAGGGAGCGAUUUUGAGCUCCAGAUGCAGAACAUGGCAGCUCCAGAUAUAGAGGGGUUUGUCCUCCCUUUCUGACAGUGGAAACAGUCCUGUCUUCACAAGGACAAGUUCCAUUUCCUUUGAACAGUCCCUUCUGGAUGUGCAGGACUAGAGCGAGUAGCAGUAGUUAGUGAUGAAUUUGGAAGUUCCUGACAGUCAUCUUUGACAGUCAUCUUGUUUCUUCCCUUAGGUGUGCAGCACUCUGGGGUUCAUAAGGGUGUCCCAGUGUGGUGGCAGGGGGACAAGCCUCCAUCUCCUGGAAAGCUCCCAGCUGUGUCCUGUGCUUGUUGCCAUGGACCAGGCUGCCCCCAAGGCUUGUGGUCUGAAGCUACUCAUGUACUGCAGGGAUGCAGUAUUCCCUGGGGAAGCUCUAACAUGUGGCAUCUGUUCCAGUGCAGCAGUACUGAAAUGAUUUUUGGAUCCACAGUUCAGAAAAGGCUUGGAUAUACAUUUCCCCUGCAGGGAGGCAAGAGGACAUCUCUGGAGAACAGAGGCCUCAGGCACCAAGGUACAGAGCCACAGUGGUGGCCACGUUGCCUGUGAGCGGUGCUGGUGGCACACGCACCCACACCACUCUUCACCGAGGUAGGAAACAAGCUGGAUGGUGUCCUCCAGCCGUUGGCACACCUGGCUCUGUGGCUGCCAUUUGCCUAAUGGAUGCUUGGAGUCACCACCUGCAUGUGAGGGGGACCUUUCACCAGGGACAUUUCUUUGGAGCACUGCUAACCGUGCCAGUCUUCUCAUUCACUUUUCCCGAAUGCUUCUGCUAGGAAGAACUCUUUGGAUCACAACACAGAGUGCAUUGGAGUUAAUAAGAUCAACAUUUAGACCACAGAUUCCACAGAUGUGUAACAGUUCACCAGUUAGGGCCAGGUAAACUUCAUAAUUUGAGCUAAUUGAAGGGAGAAAAAAGGAAAAAAAAAAAAAAAAAAAAAGUCCUAGUAGGCCCAGUUCCUUAGCUCUAUUGACUCUUCCAUAGGAAAAUACAGAUUCGCAACAUUCUUACCUCUUAACUGUUUGUUCUGUAUCUGGUUUUAGCAGUUGAAGUGAUAGUACUCCGUCUCCUGUCACCCACUGGGCCCUGGCAACAUAAGGAAACUGGUCUCGGGCCUCUACCAACAGGUUCCUUUCCAGCUCAGUGCAUGUUUUCCUCCAAGAGAAGCACAUAUCCCAGAGGGGCAGCUACAGCUAAGUAGAACCAGCCACUGCUGUCAGCUCCUGUGGUGUUUGGUGGCUGCUGGGCAGCAAGGUGAGAACUGACUGGCUUCAAUACACUUCCCUGUCAUAUCUAUCUCCACUGUGAUGUAUGUAAAGUAUCUUGUAUGUUACAAAAGGAUUUUAAAAAGUGUCUUAAGGCCUGUAAACUCCGCUAUUUGGUCUGAAGAUGGCAUUCUGUAAAGAGACUGCUGUAUGAAUACGUUCCCCUGCUUUGUCCCCUAUGCUAUCAAACAACAAACCAUAUCUGUUCUGUAUGUAAUAAAUGUGUUAACAUCA